UAAAACGAGUGUCCACCCCUCCACGUGUACCCACUCCACGUGUCCGCAUCUUCUCGCCCAACACAGCCCAACGGUAAACUUGCGAAGGACAACCAACAAACCGGACUCCCACCCAUCGCCCACGAGCCACGAGCAACCACAUAACACAUAGUAACCAUUCUUACCCUGGGUUAGCUAGCCAGCCACUUGACAUCGAGAGGAGGAAGCUACGUACCAACAUGAGCAGCCUUGACCAAGAUGAAAUAGCCAAGACAUUUGGAUUGCUCAAGAUCCCCAAGAAUCAUGCCACAGUUGGCUUUUCGAACAUGGUGGUUGCCACCAAACAAUAUCGAUCUCUGUUUGUAAAUCGACGGUUGGGUGAUGCAGGGUGGUCUGAUGUCCAGAUCCAAAGCUUCAUUUUCCUCUUGUCCACGUUGGAUACCAACAACAAGGCCACUACAAGCGGUGGUGGAAGUGUGGAAUCACGAUGGUGUGGAGUGGGAGAACGAGAAGGUCGCGUCUAUUCCAGUUUGGUGGCUCACCGACAUUUUGGACUCAGCCACGGCAUGGGGCGUUCUGGGGAUAUUACUGAGCCACAACCCAAAGCCGCCGGAUCGAGUGUUUUGGUCAAGCUGGCUCUCCUGUUAGUGCUGGAUGUCGUUCGACGUGGUAGUGGAUUGAAUGGAAAAGCCAAGGGGCCUGCUGCCCACGGGAUCUUAUUGCCGUUGUGUACCGGCAUGACCAUGGCGCUGGUACUCAGUUGUAUACGAGAAGCCGAAAAUGACAAUAAAAAAACAAUUGUACUCUGGAGUCGCAUUGAUCAAAAGAGCUGUUUCAAAGCCAUUACAUCGGCCGGAUUGACAUGUAUAGUGGUCCCUACCAAACUGGACAAGGACUCGGAUUCGGUUAUCACAGAUAUGGAAGCCAUGGAGGCUGCCAUCAAGGAGCACGAGGGAAAAGUUUUGGCCAUUAUCACAACGACAUCCUGUUUUGCACCCCGUGUACCGGAUCAGGUGGAUAAGGUCGCCACACUUUGUGCCGAACAUGGAGUCAACCACAUCAUCAACAAUGCCUAUGGACUCCAAUGUCCACAAACCUGCAAACUAAUCAAUCGAGCAUGUGUUGUGGGACGGGUAGAUGCCAUUGUGUCUUCUACAGACAAGAACUUUCUGGUUCCAGUAGGAGGAGCCCUGGUGUUAUCACCACAAAAGGCACUCGUUCAAGGUGUCGGAAAGGUAUAUGCUGGUAGAGCGUCGUCUUCGCCCAUUCUAGAUUUAUUUAUUACGCUCUUGUCCAUGGGAAUGAAUGGAUACAAGGGGAUACUCGCUAAACGACAAGAUAUGCUACAAACCUUUCCAACGCGACUGGAACAAGUGGCAACAAAAUAUGGAGAACGAAUCCUAAAAUGUCCUACCAAUACCAUUUCGUUUGGCAUUACACUCGACAAUCUGGCACUGGCACGAACAGACGACGAAAGAGAGGAGGACUAUCUCAAAGCAGUCGCCAAGGACAUUUCAGCGUUUGGAUCAAUGCUCUUUAGUCGAUGUGUCAGCGGGACCCGGGUUGUUCCAAGAGCACAGUCCAAAAUGAUGGGUGGACACGAGUUUGUUGGAUUUGGAAGCUCUGUCGAGGGAUACCCCCAUGCUUACAUGACGGCAGCAUGUGCCGUUGGAUUGACAACCGAGGAACUAGACGAAUUCUUUUUACGACUCGACAAGACUCUUCAAGAAAAACACAACAACAAGCAAUCCAAAAGAUCGUCUUUGUCAUAACACGCUGUUAGAGCUAAUGCUACUAUAGUCUGCUUUGCGUGGAGCUCUUGUUGCUAGUAGAGCUUUUGUUGCUAGUAGGCCACUAGAACAGUGCUAGCACUGAAAAACUCGUGCGCAACUCGUGGUAAUCUAUCGCACGGUAAUUGGAAUAAACUUUGCAGAG